UCUCCCCCAGAGGACCGCACGCUGGUGUUCGAGCAGCGGGGGCCGCUGCUGCUGGUGUCGGUGUCCCGCACGCGGCAGUCGGCGGCGCAGCUGCGGCGGGAGCUGGCGUUCGUGCACGAGCAGAUCCUGUCGCUGCUGACGCGCGGGGGCAUCGCCCGCGUCUUCGCGCGGCGCCGCGGCUUCGACCUGCGCCGGCUGCUGGCGGGCGCCGAGGCCGUGCUGGACCGGCUGCUCGGCGGGGCCGCGGCGGACGGGCGGCUGCUCCUGGGGGCUGCGCGCUGCCUGCCCCUGCCCGGGGGGCUGCGCCGAGCCGUGUCCGGGGCCCUGCGCCGCGCCGCCGCUGCCGCCCGCCCCGCGCCCGCCCUGGCCGUGCUGGCGGCCCACGGGCGCCUGGUGACGGCGGCGCGGCAGCGGGCGCUGGCUGAGGGCGGGCGGCUCUGUGCCAGCGACCUGCACCUGCUCCUCAACCUGCUGGGCGGCGGGGCGGGCGCGGGCGAGGUGUGGACCCCCGUGUGCCUGCCCCGCUUCAACCCCGACGGCUACUUCUACGCCUACGCGGCGAGGCUGGGCGAGGAGGAGGAGGAGGGCGUGACGCUGAUCCUGCUGUCCACGGAGCGCGAAGGCUUCUACGCGGCGGCCGCGUGCCGGCGGCAGCUGGAGGACACGCUGCGGGCGCAGGGCUGGCUGGCGGAGCUCGGCGCGGCCGUGCGGGGGGGCGCGGGGUACGGCCCCUCCCGCGCUGGCGCCCCGGAGCUCCGGCACUUCCUCUACAAACCCUUGGAGGGGCCCGAGGAGAUGCAGCAACUGCCUCAGUUCACCAGCCCCGAGCUGGAGGAGCCCUACACCAGCGAGGAGGAGCAGCACCGGCUCUUCGACCUGUACCACUACCUGCACAGCCGCGUGCACAGCCCCCACCGGCCCCUCCGCCUGCUCUACCACGUGGCCGAGAAGGAAACGCUCCUGGCCUGGGUGACCAGCAAAUUCGAGCUGUACAGCUGCUUCAGCCCACUGGUGACGAAGGCGGGAGCCAUCGCGGUGCUGACCAAGCUGCUGCGCUGGCUCAAGAAGGAGGAGGACUGGCUGUUCAUCCGCUACCCGGCGCCGUUCUGCGCCGCGCCCGCGCGCCCCGAGGGGGCCGAGCCCGAGGGCUGACAAUAAACACUGAGAACACA